UCCCCGCCGGCAGAGCCGCCCCCUCCGCACCGCGCUCGGCUCAGACGGAGCAGCCGCCUCUGCAAUGUCAGCAGCCGCAGCGGCGGCGGCAACGCGAGCGGCAGCGGUCGGGGCCCCGCGGUAGCCGCCAACGCCGCACGGCCCGGCGGGCGCGCACCGCGCUAGGCAGCGGCCACCUUCCUGCCCUAGGGGCUCUGUGGGCGACUCUGCGCGCACCCGCGCUGCGCUCGGACGUCAGGCCAGCCCGGGCUGCGGCCGCGCACAAAGGACCGCAGACAUCGGGCUCCGGGGACUGAGCCCAGGGAACAGCCUGGGGACAGCCUGCCACGCCGCGUACCCUCCUGGCCUCCACUCCCCGGGCGGCCGGAGCCCAAGCCACAGCGGGCCCCGUCAUAUGACAGCAGCGAUACCGCAGCUGCAGAGCGCGCUUGCUGCCCGCUCCUCUGCGCCACGACCACUGGCACCCCGGGUGACCCGCGCAGCGUCCCGCUGAGUGGUCGGCCCGUCUCCGCCGCCCGCGCCUCGGCUGUCGGGCUCCGGGGGCAGGAGCCGAGGGAAGCCCCGAGCCGGCGCCGAGCCUAAAAUGGCCACGCUGCUCCGCAAAAUCGGGCUCAUUCGCCUGCACAACCGGGACACCGAAGACCCCAAGCACCACCACAACCAUCGCGGCGGCGGCGGCCAGCAGAGCGCGUCGCUGCGCGGUAAGAGCGGCACCAAGAGCAGCAGCCACAAGCAGCAGCAGCACCCCCCCGGGGGCGCGGGCGACUCCAGCCCCGGGCCGGGCAAAGGCAAGGGCAAGCGCGCGCCGGAGCUGGCCCCGCGCGACAAGCCGCCGCAGCCCGCAGCGGGGGCGGCCGGGGCGGCGGGCGCCGGGGGCCCCCGGGAUCAGGCGGCGGGCGCCAGGGCGGGGCCGGGCCCUGCUGGGGCGGCAGCGGCGGCGGGCGGCAGCCUAGUGCCCGCCGCGCGCCAGCAGCACUGCACGCAGGUGCGCAGCCGGCGGCUCAUGAAGGAGCUGCAGGACAUCGCGCGCCUCAGCGACCGCUUCAUCUCCGUGGAGCUGGUGGACGAGAGCCUCUUCGACUGGAACGUGAAGCUGCACCAGGUGGACAAGGACUCGGUGCUGUGGCAGGACAUGAAGGAGACCAACACCGAGUUCAUCCUGCUCAACCUCACCUUCCCCGACAACUUUCCCUUCUCGCCGCCCUUCAUGCGGGUGCUCAGCCCGCGCCUGGAGAACGGCUACGUGCUGGACGGCGGUGCCAUCUGCAUGGAGCUGCUCACGCCCCGCGGCUGGUCCAGCGCCUACACGGUGGAGGCCGUGAUGCGCCAGUUUGCUGCCAGCCUGGUUAAGGGCCAGGGGCGGAUCUGUAGAAAAGCCGGCAAAUCAAAAAAGUCUUUCAGUCGCAAGGAGGCGGAAGCCACCUUUAAGAGUUUGGUGAAGACGCAUGAAAAGUACGGCUGGGUCACCCCUCCCGUUUCCGAUGGCUGAUGUUUGCAACGUGCCGCCUCAGACGCUUCGGCGGCCUCUCCACACACACAGACACCCGCCAUCUCCUCCUCGACGCUGAGCAUCCUCCAUCCUUUUUUACUCCAGCCGGAACUGAAUCCUGAAUGCCAAGGAGACAUUUAAGUUAUUUAUGAACAGAUGUGUUUACAGAGAGAAAGAGGGAGCAAACGCUGUUCGGGAUUAAGUUUCGAUCAUAAAUGAAUGAUCAUCUCUAAGUCACUGUAGAACAAAUAUUGAGAUGGUGACAUUUCCCAGCCCACCUGCCCCUCCACCCUGACCACAUUGCCCUUAGCUUCUUUCCAUGACAGCAGCUCCAAAGAGCAGGCAGGCAACUCGAUGCCACCUGCUCGACCCAUUUUGUGUCAGUGGCGCCGUUCGUAUCCCAUAGGAGCGCCCUGCAUCGCCAGUACGUGUUUGCUGUGCUCUCUCUCUCUGUUUCUCUCCCUGGCAGGGCAAGAUCACUUGAAGACAUGUCUUUCUGUGGCCCCAUGUGACAACAUGUAGACCUCAUUUGUGCUAUGACCUUUGGCUCAUGAAAACAAAAUUUUAAUAUUGCCAGGUUCUAGUGAUUUAAAACAACUGCCCUCUUGGUUCAGAUGUGCUCUCUAUGUUGAUGGGGUGGUGUCCACAGAGAAACCAGAGCCUGCAGGUGAAAGGCAGGGCUGCUCUGGCCAAGGUGGGGUGCGCAACCCUGAGACACCAGGGGCACGCUCCCUGGGGCUCAGAGCAAAGGGUGGUGGCAAGCGGACGGUCUCUUCCGAUAUCCUGAGAUGCUCCUCCAACAGCGAGUUUCUAUUCCUGUCUUCUCUCUGCUGGUCAACCCACCACCAAAAACAAAAGACAAUUUUCCACUCACUGAAGUCAUCGGACUCAUUUUAUCAUGUGUGCUAGUGACAGGGAAUGCCAGAACUGCCAAAGGAUACCAAGUGAUCGUUUGACGAUUUGCAUGACCGGGUUUAAUUCUUCACCCUGUAGUCACUUGUGUGUCCCCCGAGGCUGGGAUGCGUGAGCACCCCACUGUGAUAUAAACUUCCUGUUAUUUAAUCUCCCCACAGUUUCAUUUCUCUCCUCUGUUAAGUUACUUAGACCUUUCUAAGGAACUCCAUGAAAUGCAGAAGUACUGUUUAUAAUAAUACGCGGGAAGAGAAAAGUGUUCGCCCCAAGUGGAAAAUCUUACUGGACACAUUUUAAAUAAAAUCAUGCAUACCUGACACACUGCCUCAAGAAUCCAGUCAUUCUGGGCAAUGCUUCUAUUUAAAAUAUCUAGUCUAUUUUAACGACUUUUAUAUUUCCAAUACUACAACUGGCACAGCAGCAUUCUGCAGUGAGACACAGCAGAUGACUCCCAGGAACCCACAGUCUUGACAAAACUCCAGCGGGUUAAAACGGUCCCCAGAGACAACUAGGGAGAUAACUAGAAACUGGCAAAUAAAGGGAUGAUUUGGCCAAAGUUGAAUGUUGCCAAUGAUAUCUUACCACUCUGAAGGAAGAGAAACCUUUGCCGAUGACACACCCUUCUUCAGACAGGCUUGGCUACUUGAACAACUACCUGCUCCCAGCCCAGUGCUGUCAGAGCUCUAACCUGGCUUCCAGGGACAAGGCAGAGUCCUCCCAGCACGACUGGACAUUCACCAAAUCUGCCUUGUAUGGCUACUUUCAUUCUUUCAACCACUUUUUUAUGUGCCCCAAAACACAUGCAGCUCUGUUCGGCCCAAAUGACAGUGUAUUGAGAAUGCUCAAGUUCCCUCUGAGUGACAAUGGUCAAUGAAAUUCAAUGACAGUGAACUUAAAGCAUUCAUUCAUCUGAUCCUCUGCAGAGGAAUUCACCGUCCUGGAAACCUGACAUUUAACCCAAGGUUUUGGCUAUUUAUUGUAGUGGAAUCACACUGUGGACAUUAAAGUGCUAGGACAGAAACAGCUUACCAGGGAAGCACCUGAAUUCAUUUCUUUCCAGACAGUUUCCUCUUCUAAUGUAAAAUUAAAGGCAACUUCCUUUAAGGAACCACAUGCAUGUACUUGAAGGUAUUUCUUUACGUCCAAAGCUGGGUCACCUCGGCGCUGUUCAUCAGCUGGUGGAAAAGAUUAUGCAUGUUGUUUUAGGGGGCGCCACCCGUGGGGGCAGCCAGCAGGGUUGUAGUAGCCUAAAGGCGGGCUAAGCUACUGCCAACAGCAACAGGAGACAUUUGGUUCCAUUUCUAUUCUCUGUACACCCUGGAUUUGAUGUCUUCUGCUUGGCAUUUCCAUUAGGUUUAUUAGAAACUGGAAGUUACAGAUGAAAUAUCCUCCAGUGGAAGAAAUAGCAUUUUUCACUUAAAUUGGUAAGACAUUCUCAUUUUCAAAGCAGUGGGGAAUCAUUGCAAACUUGACUAUUGCUUUGACCUUUAGUCAGAAGCAACAACUCCCUUCCUGUUGUCUGGUGACUCACAAGCUAGCACAACCAUGUUGGUCAAGCAGCCAGCCCAGCCUGGAUGUGCUGAUGACCCUAUGGGGUGUCGUGUCUGUGGCCAGGCAAGUCACACUCCUCUGAAGUGGGCAUCUGCCUGCAGAGCUCGGUGAGGGAAGGACUAUACCCAGACCCAGCAAGUGGGCUGGCUGGUCACGCUCCCACACAGGCCAAGAAAUCCAUCCCUCUUCAGAUGGACCGCAGGGGAGUAAUUAGACCAGGAUAAAAAGACUACAUCUUGUCAGCUCCACACCCCAAUUAUCAGUGGGAACUCCAGUGGCCCCAAAGGCCACAGAGCCAAACUCAUGCACACUUCCCAUCAGCCCCAAACUCCUCUCCAUCUAAUGGUUUUCCUGGCCUAACUGCCCUUGUUUCCAGGUGCCCACCCCUCUCCCACUGCAGACCAAGAGCUGUGGAUGAGACCUACACGUGGUUAUGGCUUUCUGGAAGAUCAAGAUUACUUCGGGCUUAGGAAGUUCUGUGUGAGCAGCAAAGUUAUUGCUCAGUUCCCCACACGCGUUUAUCCACUCACAUGCACCUACUCUCGAGAAGAUUCACAACCUCUACAAUCCAUUUCUUUAAAAAAAACAAGAAAGAUUUAGGCCCAAAUUUUUCUGCUCCCAAGUUCACUCCAUCUAUUAAAUUUCAACCUUAUUUUUUUUAAAGGGAAAUCUGUGGACUAGUGAAAAAAGACCCUGGAUAGAAAGCCAACUGCAUACUUUACCUGCUUGUGAACUCAGUUCCCUCUACUAUAAACUCCUACAAAAACUGCUGUAAAAAUUGACCACAUUAUGAGGGAAAGUGCUUGGAAAACCCAAAAUUAUCAUGUGGACUUUACAUGUCAUUUUUACUAUUACUGGAAAAUUUAUAUUUUAACUGGCUUUCAUUAGAAUGCACUUGGUUAAAGGCUCAGACUGAACAAUUAUAAUGACCUUGUAGUCAUGUUUUGACUUUCCAUCUCCAAUCCCCAACUUUGUGUCAAUGAACCAAACUUAUUGACCUUCCCUCCACUCACUCAGAUAUAGGGAAUGCAGGAGUGUGAGGCUGGUCUCCUUUCAUACAGGAACUCAUAAGACAAGGAAAGUGCACAGAAACCAGCAAUAACUGAGUGGAGACCAAAGACAUCUAAAUGCUAAACUGCAGGGCAGACAUUGUGCAACCAGAGGAUUCCUAACUGAUAACCAGGAAAAUUUUUACAGAGUAAGUCAGGCUUGAACUACAGUUGGGCAAGAGGUAAGGAAGGGUAUAGAAGUGGGGGAGGGCUGAGGUCCCUGAAUAGAGCGCAUAGUCUCUGUCCAUACUGGCCACAGAGGGAGAAGUGGGCAGUUCCUUGCCACUUCUCACCUGCAGGGACCCUGCCUGUGGAUCUGCAGGAUGCAGUCUAGCCUCACAGCCUAACAUGGCAGUGGGGCUGGCCCCUUACCUAAGAAUUAUAUUCCAGUGUUUUACCUGAACAACAUGCAAAAUCUAAAUAGAAUUUGCUGUCUGGAGAAGUAGAACUGGCUUGCUAGUUCAGAGAAGGGCAGAACCAUCAAAUUUGGGAGGCCACUUAGUCUGGACUUCAGACGCUCUACAGUGGAGGAAAUAAGCUAAGAGAGGUUGAGUGGUUUUUCCAAACUCAGCUGGAGGAACAAGCCACGUCCUCUCUCUUGCUGGUGCUGUUUGAUCCUCCGUGAUGCUGCCCAUGAACCAUUCAGCAAUUCACAUGGUCCACAUCCUUAGCCCAGGGCUGAAUUAGUGGAGCCACAAGUCUUCCAAGCUGGCUGGGAAACACCCAAAGUGAUCCAUUAUGUGUAGAAAGCAAGUUGGUGCAAAGAGCAGAGCUUCCACUCCUGACUGCUUCGGGAAAGCUGUGGUGAGGGACUUAAACCUCAGCCCAUGGGAUCAUAGUCAGUAUUUGUUUUUUCCUCCAAAGUCAUUAAGAUAAUAUACAGCUCUGUUCCUUGGCUUUAUGCUGUGUUCUACCUUAUCAUUCUGAUUUUGGCAGGCUCUAGUUUACAUAGUAUUGAGUAUCGCUCAGUCCCAGGGCCCAUCUGACCUGCAGAAUGUAGUCAACAGACUGAACAGGCCAAAUAAACAUGGUUGACAUCCAGGAAGGCAAUGAGCAAUGUUAGCCUCCUUUCAGAGGAAACACAGGAGCGAAGUGUCCUGGCCAAAGAGACGUAAUCAAAGCAGAGUGUGUGAAUGGAAUGUAGAUCCAAAGGGAAGCAAGAUUUUAUUUCAAGGUCCUAACAGGGCUAGACAAAUAGAAUGGAUUGGGGGAGCCAACCUCCAGGGUCAUCCCCUUGGGUCAGUACGGUAGUAUGUGGUGAAGGAAUGAAUACCUGCACCGCCUCCCACCACUGAUUAACUCUGGCCCUUCCCUCUUCCUCUACUGGAGGCAAAUUAAGUGUCUGUCCUCCUCUGUAGACAGGCAAUCACUUUGCACCGGUAUAUCUCCGGCAACACUGGCGAUCACACUCAUUGAGCUAAAAUAGAGCUGCUGUAACUUGAUGUUCUAGGUUUUGUUCCUGCGUGCCUCCCCGACUGAUGUGACUUUAUGCCAUGAACACUGUCGCCAUACCACCACGGUAGACUGCUGAUCUACAUACUGUGGGCUAUUGUAAAUUUUCUGACUCUCACCACAAUUCAUGCUGUGGCUUUGGUGUAUACCUUUUCCAAAGCUGUCCUAUUCUGUGAUCCUCAGGAGGAAAGGGGGAAAAUUGCAGGUGCCAUGAAAUAAAUAGGAAAGAAAUGUCGAUUAUUGGAAGAGGGUGAAUGCAGGAGUCAAGUAGUCUGGAGACACUGUCCUAAUUGGAAAGACAAGGAUUCUCAAAAGAAAGACUUUAAAACCAAUAAAUGUCUUUCCAUG